ACACUUGUAAAGUUCAUCUUACAAUGGCUGAUCUAGUUUAUGUAUUCAUUUAUGCAUUUCACUUUUUUGCUUCUUCUACCCACUGUAUCGAUGGGAAAACAAUAGCAGUUGCAACUGACAAGGACACACAAAAUGGCAAAGGAAAAGAUAUUCCUGAAGUAUGUCAGAAAAAAGCUUUUAUAAAAACACAUGACACAAAAGGGAAAUGGCUUCUUCCAGAAGACUUCGUUAAUUUUAAAAACUGCACUCAGUACUAUCCAUCCUGUAAACAACAAGUUGGAACAUUAACCACAACUUACGCUGAAGAUUCAGAUGGCAAAACCUUGAUAAUUUUUCAAGUCACUGAUAUUACCAUGCAAGGAUGUUUGGGGUAUUUACUUCAACUAACUGAUGACAUUGAAACAAAAGAUAUUUAUUUUAAUUUUGAUAAUGAGGAUGCGGACUUUAUGAAAGUAAUUUACUUCCGUCUUGGAUUUACUUACAACUUUACUGUCACACCAUUGCCAGGAGGCGAAUCAUUAAGCAUAGUGACAAAGGCACCAACACACUGUGAACUGGAAGUGAUAAAAGAUAUAUAUAAUAAACUUGAAAAGGAAAAGAAAUUAUUUGCAGACUGUGAUCAACCCAGUUAUACAGAACGAAAACGUAUCGCGACAAAAAUAUGCCAAAAGUAUCCUCGCAAUGGAGCGAAACGAUGGAGAACAACACAGAAGUUGCUUACUCAGCGAAAUUGCAAAUUUGUACUCCUUUCUUAUAACUCACUUUAAAAAUUACGCCGAUAUUUUUUUACCUAUAAUAAUGUUCAUUUGCGGACACAUGCUGGUAGCAUAUAAUUAUUUUCAUUAUCAGUGACGUAUAUAACAAAAAAUAAAAUAAAAAAUUUGUUUAAUAUAUGACAAGUAACCGGUGACGUCAUUAUUUUCUUUGAAUAACCUUAUACCAAACCCUAUAUCAAAAGAAUGUUUAAUAUUAAAAUAGUCUGUAUAUUAAUAAUGCCCGUAUUCUGCGUUUCCAUGCUUUUAUAAUAUUGCAAGUCAUAGAAAUGCCAAGCAACCAUUAGUUUUUCUAGAUUCUACAAUAAUAACUUAUAUAAUAAUACGAAGUGUAUGUGAUGGUGAUAGUGGAUAUCGUCAUUUUACUUUGAUGUCGCCGAAGUUCUCUUUGAAGUUGCCGAAAAAAUCAUGUCCAUUUUGGAAGUACCGUUAUUUUUUUACCUCACGUGAUGAAAACGCCUCAAUUUGAUUUGCUGAAAUAAAUUUAACGGCUAACUUUCAAGAAAUGGUGUCCUCUCGCCACUAAAAAAACCCACAUCCCUUUAUCUUGAAUAAAGUAAAAAGAGUGGUUUAAAAAAACAUAUUAAAAAAGAAAAAAGUCUAAGUGAAGAAGUAGAAAAGUGAAGUUGGAAGUGAAGCUAGAAAUAAGUUAGAAGUAGAAAAUAAAGGCUAGAGUUUGAUGUCGAUUUAAAAUCACAAAUAGUAGGGCCUUUGAUAUUG